AUGCGACGAUCAACACUACCCGAACCUCGUGCGCCCUUAAAUCAGCAGCCGAUCAGCGACAAGUCGGCCGAGAUUCGACAGGAUACAGAUUCGUCCGAAGAUGAGGAUGACAAGGACACAUUCCCAGAGAAUAGCAGACAAGCAUGGUCAUGCCUCUUAGGUUCAUUUCUGAUGAUGUUUCCGUCAUUUGGCUUCCAGACUGCGAUCGGAUCCGUCCAAGACUACAUCAGUAUCCAUCAACUUUCCGAAUAUAGCGUCAGUAAUGUCGGCUGGAUAACUGCGGUUUUUGUUUUCUUAACACUUUUCCUUGGUGUUCAAGUCGGCCCUCUGUUUGACCGAUACGAAUGCACCGAGUACUGGCACUUUAUGCUAUGCCUCGGUGUUCUCGGUGGUAUAUCAUCCGCUAUCAUCACCACAGUCUCUAUAGCAGUCCUCAGUCACUGGUUUUAUCGAAACCGUGGUCUGGCAUCUGGAAUCUGCAUGGCAGGGUCGUCAACCGGCGGAGCUCUUAUUCCAUUGAUGCUCCGUUUUCUACUUAAGCAACACGGCUGGCUAUGGUCAAUUCGAAUCGUUGCUUUUAUAGCUCUAGGGUGUUACGCGAUUGGCGUGUUCCUUGUUAAGGAGCGUCUUCCAACUAAAAACACGACAAAGUCAACAAUUGACUUUAAAGCAUUCAGCUCGCCCCGUCUAUGCUUUCUUGCCGUUGCCGUUUUCUCUUUCGAAUUCAUCAUAUUUGGCUGCGCUGCAUUGCUACCAACAUACGUUCGCUAUGCGGAUAUGUCGGAGGAUGUGCAAUUUUACUCAUUGACUCUCCUAAAUGGCAUGAGUCUUUUCGGAAGGGUUAUACCGGGCUUCGCCGCCGACCAACUUGGCCGAUUUAACACACUUUUAUCGAUGGUAUGUGCUACCCUGAUCGUCAUGGCAGCAGUAUGGGUCCCAUUCGGCUCGCAAGAUGAAGCUACACUAUACGCUGUUGUAGCCAUAUUUGGGUUUGGCUCUGGUGGAUGGCUAUCGUUAGCCCCUGUAUGUGCAGGGCAGCUCUGCCGAACCGAAGACUAUGGUCGGUUUUAUGGCACAAUCUAUAGUGUGGCGUCGUUUGGAGUUUUGUUGACGGUCCCCGUCGGCGGAAAAUUGCUUCAGUCGACAACCCCUCAAAUUUUGAUUGGGUUUUAUUCCGCAAUAUUGUUUGUUGGAAUGGUCAGUAUAACGCUGUCGCGAUGGGCGUUAUUGGAUUGGAAAUGGAAGUGGUGUGUUAAAGUUUGA